GUUGGUCCAGCAUAUUGGUGUAAAUCAUUUCAAAAUGCAGAAGAUUGCGGAGCAUUACGUCAUUGUACUGAUACAGUCUGGCGUUAUGAUGGAAAACAUACCACAGUUGAUUUAUCAACAAAAUGUGAAUGGUGUCAAAAGAUUAUUGAAAAUACUCAUAAAGCUAUAAACAAUAUUGUUAAUAAUGAAGAUUUAAUCAAAUCAACAUUAGUAGAUGGAUGUAAAUUAUUACCAUUAGAAGAUAUUUCAUCUAAAUGUACAACUGUAAUGGAAAAGUAUACAACAACAGUUUUUACAUUAAUGAAACAUCAACGUUAUGAUACAUUAUGUCAUUUAAUGAAUAUUUGUCCAAGUGAAACAUUCCAAUCUCAUGAAAAUAAAGAAGAAACAAGUGCUGAUGAACAAUCAAAAAUGUUAUGUAAUGUAAUCGUUCGUGCUACACAUGAUCUUCAUGUUAAUCAACAAAAAUCUCGAAUGGAAAUUCAAACAUUCUUAAAAAAUGAUUGUCAACAUUUAACAAAUACUCAAUUUACAAAAAAAUGCGAAGAUUUAAUUGAACGACAUGGUAAUGAAAUCUAUGCACAUGUUGCUAGUAAUGUCGAAUUAUCAAAAGUCUGUGAUUAUAUUGAAAGUUCUGCUCCACAACCUGUCUCACAUGCAGUACCAUGUGAAUUAUGUACAUUCGUUUUAGCAACAGCUAAACAAAUGAUUGAUGCUAAAAAAACUGAAGAUAAAGUACUUCUUUAUAUUGAUGAACAAGUAUGUUCACGUUUAACUGGUAUGUCAAAGAAGAAAUGUAAAGAAAUGAUUGAUACCAAUGGAAGAGAUUUCGUUAAUGAUAUUCGCAAUGGAAAACAACCAAUGCUUCUUUGUACACAUCUUCAACUUUGCCAUAGUGAAAUUCUUGAUACAACGAGUCCAGUUCAAAAAGAAGAAAUGCAUUCAUUUCUUAUGAAUAAUUUAUGUGGUAAACUUGGUUCAUUAAAAAGCGCCUGUGAAGCAUUAAUAGAAAAAGAUAGUACACGUCUUCUACAUAUACUUACCCAUGAAAUCAAUGGUAAUGAACUAUGUCAUAUGUUUGGAUUAUGUCCAAAGAAUUCACCAUUACUCAAUGAAUUAGCUUUAAAAGAUGAUCCAAGUAAAUGUAAACGUUGUGUAAAAGAUUUUACUCGACGAAAACAUAUUGCUGAAAGACUUGUUAAUCGUUCAUCUGAAUUUCUUCAUCAUUUCUGUGAACAAUUACCUCAAGCUGAUGAUUGUACAAAAUCAGUUGAUGGUUCAAUUAACGAACUUCUUACAUUUAUUCGAUCAUUAGACCCAAAAAAUAUUUGUAUACAGUUAAAUAUGUGUGAUCAAAAAUCAUUAAGUUCUAUUCAAACAAUCGACAUUACCCCAUCCAAUAACGCAAUUAAUGAAGAAAUCAUUGAAUAUAUUAAAACUGAUGUUUGCGUUAAACUUGGAUCAUUAUCUUCAUUAUGUGUUCAAUUAGUCGAUUCAGAAGGAUUAAAUCUUUUUAAUCAACUCUCUAAAACUAUCGAUCCACAUCAAAUAUGUUCAAUAAUUGAUGUAUGUCCAUCAAAUGUUGUAUUACAAAAUUGUCAUGAUAAAUGUCAAUGUUGUAUGAAUAAAGUUGAAAUCUAUCAAAAAGAAUUAGAGAAAUUUAUGCGAGCAAUUGUUGCAAGUACACGAAUUAUGUGUGAUUAUGUACCAGGUCGUGAUGUGUGUCUUCAAUUAGCUGAUGUAUUUGAAUCGAAUGUUAAUAAAGCUGUCGCACGAUUUGACUCAAAACGUACUUGUCAAUUAUUAAGUUUAUGCUCAUCAUCUGAAAUGAAAACAAAUGAAGAUCCAUGUAAAACUUGUACAAAUGAACUUAAUAUUCGUCAAAAUCGUUUUCGUGAAACAAUUGAUGAAAUAGCAGCAGAUCAACUUUCUUUAUGCAAGGAUGAAUCUUGUCGUUCACGUGUUCAAUCAACCUAUCAAACAUUAUCUGACAAGAUGAAUAAUUUUAAUUCACCAAAAACUUGUCAACGUAUCGGUUAUUGUUUAUCAGAUAAUUUACAUGAACCAAGUGAAACAACAUUACGUUUAAAAAGUCUAGUUCAACAACAAACAAAAACUUUAGAAGAACGUUUACAAGCACAUGAUAUCUGUUCUGAAUUUGGAGAAUCAAAAACAAUGUGUGAACAUAUCAUGAUUUCCGUAAAU